AUGUCGGCUCAACUUUAUCAGACCCUUGGCGAAGAUCUGUUGGCUUCCUUCAAUGAAAAGAGAUACACGGACAUUACGAUAACGACUGAACAAGGAACACCUAACGCGAGAACUUUCCGGUCGCACAGAUUUAUACUUUAUUCUCGUUCUCAAUAUUUUCGAGAAAUUUUGUCUGAUGGUAAUGAUAUUGAGAAUAUCGAACUUCCAGACAUUUCAGGUGAGAUCUUUGAAGAUUUGCUCGGUGGAAAGGUCAACUUGGGCCAUAGAUCAGGUUCGGAAGUCCUUGACCUGUUACUCGGAGCUGAAAAACUUGCCCUUGAUCUCGUCAACAGCAUACAAUCUUUCAUUAUUGAGCAACAUGGUAACUGGUUAAAUGAGCAUUUCGCUCAUAUUCAUCAUGUGAGUAAUAAAUAUGAAACCUAUGAACAACUACGUGCAUUCUGCGCUCAUACCGUCAACAACUCCCCUGAGUUUAAUUUAAUCGCAAUUUUAGGUUACAAUCCAAUCGAAUGGAAACGCGUCGAUUGCGUAUGGGGAAAGACGCCUGAUAGUUUCAUUUUUUCUUUUCCAAGUAAUGAUUUUCAAGAGGCGAUUCUCAGUCGAGUUAAUGUUGUUUCAAAGGCUGUGAGUUGGGAAUUGGAAUAUGGUCCAUCCUUUGGAAAUGAUUUAAUAAUGAUUGGACCCAACCUCCAAAAGCGUUGUCUCUGUAACGUUUCGAAUCUGCCGCAAGUGUAUGAGAAAAAACUGCGAAAUUCUUCAAACGAAUUUGAGAUAGUCGAUUAUGAAGUAUAUCAAAUUCGAACAAAGGUGUAA